GGCCCUCUCUCCGCUCCGAGAGAGGACCGAUAAAGCCCCACCGCCAUCCCCGCUGUUUCAGCUUUUCGGCUUGGAGGAAAAAGGCUGGAGCGUGCACCUUUCAAUAGCUGAGCGUGCAGGAGAGAAGAGAUUCUCCCAGGCAGCCAGCCUCGGCCUUUGAGAUGGAGUUUGGCCCUCCGGACCUGUAUGACACCCCUGCCUCCAGGGUGGAUGCCUUUGUGGGGCAGAACCUUCAGCCCCAGGGAGACUGGAAGGAGGAGAUGCAAGAUGCCUGCCAGAGAACUGAACGGUUCCUGAGGGAUCAAUGCUUCCGAGAUGCGCUGAUUCUGGACCAAGAAGUCAGGGUGCUGAAGGUGGUGAGGGGCGGCUCUUCCGGGAAGGGGACUACGUUGAAGCACAGCUCCGAUGUGGACCUGGUCAUAUUCUUGAGCUGCUUCUCCAGCUUCCGAGAGCAGGCCCAGCACCGAGAACUCGUCAUCAACUUCAUCCAGGAGAAGCUGGACCACUGUAGUAGGAGUCUGGCUUACAACAUAUCCUUGGUCCAGCACAGAGUGAGGGCUAGGUCACCUCGCUCCCUGUCCUUCGAAGUGCAGUCCAAGAAGAGCAGCGAUGUCAUCCGGGUGGAUGUGCUCCCAGCGUUCAAUGCUCUGGGAACCUUCUUCCCAGAUAUGAAGCCGCCACCGGAAAUCUAUGAAGACCUGAUCACUGCCGCCGGCCACCCUGGGGAGUUCUCGUCCUGCUUCAUGGAGCUGCAGAGGUGCUUUGUGAAGAGUUGCCCGACCAAGGUGAAGAGCCUCUUGCGGCUGGUGAAGCACUGGUACCUGACGUACUUGAAACCCAAAUAUCGAAGAGUACCCUUGCCGUCCAAAUACGCGCUGGAGCUGUUGACCAUCUACGCCUGGGAAAUGGGUACCGACAGGAAGGAGCACUUUGAGAUGGACGAAGGCUUUGCCGCUGUGCUGGAGCUCCUCAGGGACCACGAAAGCAUCUGCAUAUACUGGACCAAGUACUACGAUUUCCAAAACGAGGUGGUCAGAGACUGCAUCAAGCAGAAGUUGAAGGAAUCCAGACCCAUCAUCCUGGACCCAGCUGACCCCACCAAUAACCUGGGGAAGGGGAAGAGGUGGGACUUGGUAGCUGCAGAAGCUGCGUUUUGCCUGCAACAGCCCUGCUGCCGGAUUGAAGAUGAGGGUUGGCACGUACAGAGCGCAAGAGACGUCCAAGUGACCUUGAGGAUGACGGGCGAGGAUGAUCACACACUCUUAGUGAACCCCUACAGCCCCAUUUGGAAAAUGAAGAAAGAGAUCAAGGAUAGGAUUUUCCUGUCUGGAAACUUGCGCCUCUCCUUCCAGGAGCCAGGUGGGGACCGAAAACCACUCAGCAAUAGGCAGAGCCUUUCGGAUUAUGGUAUCUUCUCUAAAGUGCGCAUCCGGGUGCUGGAAAUCUUCCCCCCCGAGAUUCAGGUCUUUGUGAAGGAAACGAAUGGCCAGAACAAGCCUUAUGCCGUCAACCCUGAUGACUUGAUCGUGGAUUUGAAAGACAAGAUUGAGGCAGCAGGAGGGCCUGAUGCAGAAGAUCAGAUACUAAAGUUCCAGAAUCGGAAACUGAAGAACCAUCGCACCUUUAGAGAUCUGGACAUUGAAGACUGUGACACCAUCGUGCUCAUCAGGAAAGGGUGACAGUUCCUGCAAGGCCCUAGGAGUGGCCCAUGAUCUACACACUUGAUGCUCCUGUCACCCCAGUGUAUAACUAAGUCCCUAGCACACAAAUCGUUCACCCUUGAGGCCUUUGCCCAGCAAUGGCCUCUUCCCUGGCCAGGGGAAGACAUCCUUUUUAAGACUCACCUCAAGCAGGUAUCCACUAACAACACGUGACCCCAAAGCAACCCUUGUGUCGCUAGGCCUUCCAUCAAGACUGCCACCGUUCUUUUUCCUUAUCCCCCAUCACACCAGACUCUCAGUCUUGUUUCUUAUCUCCCUUCUGCUCUGGGAGUUCCUUGGGGUGGUGGGAAACACUACUUUCCCUUGCUAAUACCAGCCGCAUAGCAGUCACGCAAUGAAUAGUCAGUGAAUGAGCAGUAAUAUUUGCAUUUACCGUGGGCUCCUCCUACUCCAUGUGUUGCAUAUAUCAUUAUCGUCUUUAAUCUGUACAGCUAACCUAAAGAGUGGGUAUUAGUAUGAAGCCCAUUUUAUGAAUAAAGACUGUGACGUUAAAAGCCUGGUAAAAUGUGAGAGGUUAAAAGUCCGGUUAAAAAAAUAAAAAUGUGGGGAGGGGCGGGGCGAAAUGAGCUGAUACCAAAGGCUCAAG